AGUGUCUCGUUUGCAGUCGACAGAAUAGAAGGAAGUGUCUUGGUCUGUACGCGUGCGGCCGGGACCUGGGUCUAUUGUCUGUGUUUGACUCCAUAGUUUGGUCCGAGGCCUUCGGAGCUUCCCCGGGGCAGUCGGCAGCGGCCGCCGCGACCGCCCCCGCCCCUCCCUUGCGUCCCCGGGACCGGGAGGGACCAAGCCCGCGUCACGCCCCUCAGCGCUCGCCGCUCCCUUCUCUGUCGGUCGUUGCGUCGGCAUCGCGUCCCCGGAAUCAGACGGUGCCCCAUAGAUGGCCAGCUUUCCCCCGAGGGUCAACGAGAAAGAGAUCGUGAGAUCACGCACUAUAGGUGAACUUUUAGCUCUAGCAGCUCCUUUUGACAAGAAAUGUGGUCGUGAGAAUUGGACUGUUGCUUUUGCUCCAGAUGGUUCGUACUUCGCGUGGUCCCAAGGACAUUGUACAGUAAAGCUUGUUCCGUGGUCCCAGUGCCUUAAGAACUUUCUCUUGCAUGGCACCAAGAAUAUCACUAAUUCAAGCAGUUUGAGAUUGUCAAGACAAAAUAGUGAUGGUGCUCAGAAAAAUAAGCCCCGUGAACAUAUUAUAGACUGUGGUGAUAUAGUGUGGAGUCUUGCUUUUGGAUCUUCAGUUCCAGAAAAACAGAGUCGCUGUGUAAAUAUAGAAUGGCAUCGAUUCAAAUUUGGACAAGAUCAGCUACUUCUUGCCACAGGGUUAAACAACGGGCGUAUCAAAAUAUGGGAUGUAUAUACAGGAAAACUCCUCCUUAAUUUGGUAGAUCAUACUGAAGUGGUCAGAGAUUUAACUUUUGCUCCAGAUGGGAGCUUGAUCCUGGUGUCAGCUUCAAGAGACAAAACUCUGAGAGUGUGGGACCUGAAAGAUGAUGGAAACAUGAUGAAAGUAUUGAGGGGCCAUCAGAACUGGGUGUACAGCUGUGCAUUCUCUCCUGACUCUUCCAUGCUCUGCUCAGUGGGAGCCAGUAAAGCAGUUUUCCUUUGGAAUAUGGAUAAAUAUACCAUGAUACGGAAACUAGAAGGACAUCACCACGAUGUUGUAGCUUGUGACUUUUCUCCUGAUGGAGCAUUACUGGCUACUGCAUCUUAUGAUACUCGAGUAUAUAUCUGGGAUCCACAUACAGGAGACAUUCUGAUGGAAUUUGGGCACAUGUUUCCCCCACCUACUCCAAUAUUUGCUGGAGGAGCAAAUGACAGAUGGGUACGGUCUGUAUCUUUUAGUCACGAUGGACUGCAUAUUGCAAGCCUCGCUGAUGAUAAAAUGGUGAGGUUCUGGAGAAUUGAUGAGGAUUAUCCAGUACAAAUUGCACCUUUGAGCAAUGGUCUUUGCUGUGCCUUUUCUACUGAUGGCAGUGUUUUAGCUGCUGGGACACAUGAUGGAAGUGUGUAUUUUUGGGCCACUCCAAGGCAGAUCCCUAGCCUUCAGCAUUUAUGUCGUAUGUCAAUCCGGAGAGUGAUGCCCACCCAACAAGUCCAGGAGCUGCCGAUUCCUUCCAAAGUGUUGGAGUUUCUCUCCUAUCGUAUUUAGAGGACUCUGCCUUCCCUACUAGUAGGGACUGACAGAGCACACUUUACACAAACCUCAAGCUUUACUGACUUCAAGUAUCUGUUUUUCAAGGUUUAGAAGAUUUAUUUAAUUUGAUAUGUUCUUGUACUGUGUGUUGAUCAGUUUUUAAAAUAUUAUUUAUAGACUAUAGGAGAAAUAUCUCUGAACAUAGAAAAUGCAGUUUUUUCCUAAAACUUAACUGUGAAACAUACAUACAUGUACAUAUUUAGAUAUAAGCUGCUAUGUGUUGAACGGACUCUUCUGCUUUUCUGAUCUUUAGUUUUGACAUGUAUAUAUUGCUUUAGUAGAGCCACAUUAUGUAUCUUUGCUGUAAAGUGGAAGGAAAUUUUUUUUUAUUCUAGGAUACUGUGUUUAGAUGGUAAAUAUUGACUUAAGAAAGCUGAAUUGCCUCAUAUAAAAUGUGUAUCUGGUGGGGGGAAUCAGAAAACUGACUUGUAAGUAACACAAAGUUUUUGUAUAGGGAAUGGAUUUUGUUUUCCUUACAAUGGCAUCUGAGAGGGUGAGUUUGAAUGUGACAUCAUUCAGUUAAAAACAGCCAGGAUAUAACUAGAAAAAGUGUGUCUCCUCCCCCUGCCCCCAAACUACUGCUGCAGACCUUUAUUCUGGAAAGCAGCUUGUUACUUUAACCCCUGUGGUAUAAAGUAUUAUGAACUGCAGUCAGUUUGAAAAUCCAUCUACUGUAUUAUUUUCCUGCUAAGUAUCUUGUUGUUUGUAUUAAGGGACAGUUAUUUUAAGACCAUGGUUUUGUGUUUUGUUUGUUUUUACACGUAUCCUAUGUUUCUGCAGGGGAUAAUACUGGUGACUUACCAAAGAAGCAAUACAGUAUACCUGCUUUUGCCUUCUGUUAUUUAUCUUACCUGCAGAUAUUAAGAAAUGUAUGUAUUAUGUAAAAUGCUUGAUUAUAUAUUUUUGUUUUUUUUUAAUUAAAGACAUAAAAAAAUCACUGUCUUCUGCAAAUGUUUCUUAAAUAUGUUGGAAGGUUUAAUGCUUCUUGUCUGUCUC